CAUUCAUAGCGUUUUGAUUGAGCCCAAUAAGAGUUGUGUAGGGUGUGGCAUCAAUUUUCGUAUGGUGAAUUAUCGAUAAGGGCACGAAGGGAAUUGAAUUGUGCCCGUAACUUUUGCUUGCCUAGAGAUCAGUUAAGGAAACGCCGAGGUCUGGGCCUCACGAUAGAGCCACCUCCGCGAAACUGCAUGACGGACAGUGUGUUUGCUUCUAUCAAGUGCUAAACUUCCAAAAACAACGAUGGACGAUCUCAUAACGCUGAUACGCACAGAAAUUCCCGAGGGGCGCAAAAACCUCCAGGAAAGCUUCUCCAACCUCGAGCGGGUGGCCGAGUAUUGUGAGGACACAUAUUAUCGGUCCGACAACAAAAAGGCUUCGCUGGAGGAGACAAAAAACUAUACAACGCAGUCGCUGGCCAGCGUUGCCUACCAAAUCAACACGCUCGCGUACAAUUUUCUACAGCUGAUGGAUCUGCAGGCGACGCAGAUGGCCGAGAUGGAGUCGCAAAUGAAUCACAUCUCGCAGACGGUGAUGAUCCACAAGGAGAAGGUGGCGCGUCGUGAGAUCGGCGUGCUGACUGCGAACAAGGUCAGCUCGAGACAAUACAAAAUCGUUGCACCACUUAACCCGGAGAAGCCUAUCAAGUAUGUGCGCAAGCCGAUCGAUUAUACAUUGCUGGAUGACGUUGGUCACGGUAUUGCGUUGACCAACAACAACCAGAAAAAGCAUCGUGUCUCCAGCCAGGGCUCGAUUCAGGCUGCUCUCACGGCUAACGUUUCGGUCGGUCCGCCACCUACAACUAAGCCACCAACACCGCCUCAAAUGACGCGUAAUACAGGCCACACUGGAACCCUUAGCAAGCCAGUCAGCAACACUGGUACACUGGGGAAGGCAUCUCGCGAAUAUCGCACCCCACCAGUGGUUGUCCCGCCGCAGGUGCCGUCGCACUACGCACCCAACUAUCCGGUCGGUCAUCCACGACGUACGUCGGGCGGCGGUGGUCCGGCUGGUACCGAGCGUGGCCCAGGCUAUAGCGCGUUGCCAUUGCCGAUGCCUCCGAGCCAGGUGGUGAUGCAUCAUCCGCCACAGAUUGGCAUGGUGCACCCGAUGCAAUCUGGACCUAUCACACAGCACCAAUCAACAUUCGAGGAACGCAACAGUAUGCCACCGCCACCGUCGCCUCUUACUGUUACGCAUGAGCUGCAAGAUCACAGCCACAUCGGGAUGCACACACUCAGUCGGAACAUGCCGCGUCCUGGCUCGCAAUCACCCCCGCUACCACCGCCUCCUCCACCUGAAGAAUCGGAUCAUGCGGACUUCGGACGUCCACGCAAUACGCAGAGCAGCCUGGUCGCACAGAUAGUUCCGGACGACCAGAACUUACCCGGCUGGGUACCGAAGAACUAUAUCGAGAAGGUGGUUGCUAUCUACGACUACUACGCCGACAAGGACGAUGAGCUCAGCUUCCAGGAGAGUUCGGUGCUUUAUGUGCUGAAGAAAAACGACGAUGGGUGGUGGGAAGGAGUGAUGGAUGGCGUUACUGGGCUGUUCCCUGGUAACUACGUCGAACCGUGUGUCUAGGUCGAUAUUUGUACGAAUUUCUCAUCGUAUCAGAGUGGAACUCCAACCAGAGUGUCCGUAGUAAAUCUGCGGAAUCCUGUUUUUUCCGGUUUUCCUCAUACGUAUAUUUAUAACGAUUUUGCAUACCAACAGUUGUAUUUUAUUCCAUCUUGCACUACUAAUACUAUUCGAUUAAGAUAGCAAUGCGAUAUAGCUAUAAAUUGUAAAUAACAGCAAAAAAUAGUGUAAUGAAAUGUAGUCUA